GAGAAUGGGAAAUAAAUAUAUUUUAAAGAUAUUAAGGGGUAAAUAAAUAAAAAUUAAGUUUAUGUGCUAAAAAUGUAUUUUCUCUAAGUAAAAAUACCCUACCGAGCAACUCUAGCCUGCAAUUCAUUCAUCAUCAUCAACUUUUUACUUCAAUCCAUAGACACUAUCAAAAUCUUCUAAAACUCAGUAACACUUACAACACCCAAUCUGAAAAUCCUCAGCAUAAACUCCACAAAACGGCAUGGAUAUUUUCUCCGACGAGCACAUGUACCGCGAUCUCUUCCUGCAAGCAAUUCUAAUCCUCAUCACAAUCUUCAUGUUCCUUUACAUGUACAAUAUCCCUCAAAAAUACCUCUCCAAUCUCCGUUUACGCAACCGCUCCAACAUCCAAUCAAAGAAGCACUUCGUACAAGGCGCUCAGCUCCUCUCUCAAGCCAAAUCAGCCGCCGCAGCAAAACAACACUCAGCAUCAGCACAAUCUUCUUCUUCUUUAGCUAAAUUAGCGGAAGAGCAAGCCGAUUUAGCGAUUUCGCUGGAUUCGUCAGACGCUGCUUCGUACAUACUCAAAGCGUUAGCGCUAGACAUGCAGGGGAUGAAGACAUCCGCGCUUGAUUCGAUCGACGUUGCGCUUUCGCCGCCCGCGGUGAAGUCGUUGUCGGAGGAUGAGAGAGCGGAAGCUUUGUUUAAAAGAGCGCAGCUGAGAUCAACGGCUCCCGGGGGAGUGAGUCGACGAGUUGACUCAGUGAUUGAGGAUUUGAACGAGUGCGUUAGGUUGAAAGGUGAUAAUGUUAAGGCGUACUGUUUGUUGGGGGAUUGUUAUGAGAAAAAAGGGAUGAAAAUUGAGGCAAAAUUGGCUUAUUUGGAUGCAUUAAGAGUUCAGCCUGAUUUCGGUCCUGCUACAGAGGCAAUUGAUCGUCUGAAUUCAGAGUCUUGAACUGUAAUGGUUUGUUCACCUUCAAAUUAAACAAAAAUGUGUGUUCAACAUUUGGAGAAUUUAGUUCUUUUUGUUUAUGCUAAAACAAUGAUUAGCUUUAGACUUUUAUGUAUCACAGAUAUUCAGGGCAAACUAAUAACUUAUAUGAAGAAGAAUAUGCAUUAUAUUUUGAACAUUUCAGCUA